AUGGCGACUCAGCAAUUGGGCCAGAAAAAUAGACACAGCAAACCCAAGCCACGUCAAGUCAACCCCAUUACAGCCGCAAUACAGAGCUGGAUCGCAGCAACACCUCCCUCUACUGAAUCUGAAACCCAGGAGUCACGGAAUGAGAAUCUCUUAAACACGGCGCCGAAGCGCUUCACCAUCUAUGAGCCACUCGCUCUGCUACCAACAGGAAGCUUCACAAGCGAAACAUGGGCCUCUCUCUUACAAGCCUGCGAUGAAGCAGCGUGUAAUUCUCUAUGGCAAUCUAUUCUAAAGGAAAUUUCCAAAACUGGGCAAGGGAAGGUGACGCAUCUAGCAGUGAAUGAGGGUAUCCCACUGCACAAGGACGGGGAAGACGCUGAGAACGUGCGCAGAAGUCCAAGUGGACUGAGGAUGCUCUUUGGAGACUUUGGGCCGGCGAGAGUGGAUGAGCAGCCUAAAGGAAGUGAUUUCGAUGGUGCCUUUUGGGUUGGGACGAAGCAGAACGGGAUACUGCAGACGUGGGCUCCCAGAUGGACCAUGUUUUCACGGGGGAAUGUCAAGGAGAAGGCGAGGGUUUUAGGAUUCAAGCGUUCACCGGCUGGACAAGAGGAUGUGUGGGCAGUGGACUUGUAUGCUGGGAUUGGAUACUUUGUGUUUUCGUAUGCGGCGCUGGGGAUGAGGGUUCUGUGUUGGGAGAUUAAUCCCUGGAGCGUCGAGGGCCUUCGACGAGGUGCCGAAGCAAACAAAUGGAGCGUCAGGGUCAUCCAGGGCGAAGACCUAGCGCUACCGAUGGAAACAUGGCUCGCUGGAGGAGAGAAUAUCAUCGUCUUCUUGGAGAGCAACGAGAGAGCGUCGAUACGCAUUGCUGAGGCUCAGAGCGCUGGGCUUGCUACCAACAUCGCCCAUGUCAACUGCGGCUUCUUACCUACCAGCGAACCCGUAUGGGAGAGCGCUUGGGAAAUAACGCGGCUGGCCCCCCAGGCAUGGCUGCAUUUACACGACAACGUCGGCGUGGCGGACAUCGAGUCUCGGCGAGCAGCGAUUCAGACGACUUUUGCGACGUGGGCUGCUGCUGCUUCGGGAGGAGGAAGGUCGAGGGUGCCGAGCGUUGAGCAUGUCGAGCAGGUCAAGACGUUUGCGCCGGGGGUGUGGCAUUGCGUCUUUGACGUGUGUAUUACAGGCGGUAGUAUAUCUAAUAAUGGUACAUGA